UUGGUGGUACCGGGGCGAGGAGAGGGGAGCGCGGGACGAGGCUCGCAGGGGCGAAAGCGCCGGCAAUCGAUUCCACACCGCAGUCCGGCUAGGCGUUCGACCAUGGCAGACAAGAGUAAAGUUACUGAGCAAUAUUACGCUCCACCACCUGAUCUAGGAAAAUGGGACUCCUUCAGGAUGUUCCUAUGGAACUCCGAGACAGGACAAUUCCUGGGCCGCACGGGAUCCAGCUGGGCAAAAAUCUUGUUAUUCUACCUUAUCUUCUACGCUGUCCUCGCCGGUUUCUUCGCUGCCAUGCUGACCAUCUUCUACCAAACUCUUGAUGCUAAGAUGCCAAAAUGGCAAAUGGAUAGCUCUCUCAUCGGCAGCAAUCCAGGUCUUGGAUUCCGGCCAAUGCCCGACUCCGUGGUGUCGGUCGAGAGUACUCUGAUUUAUUACAAGGCUAAUGACAAGGGCUCUGUGCUUAAAUGGGCUUCUAUAAUCGAUGAGUUCCUUAAAGAAUACCGUAAGAAGGGCAGUGGCAGCGGGGAGCCCAGCGGUGCUGAGAACAGGGUCCCGUGCACCCCGACCUCCCACAACCUGGGGGAGAACCAGGUGUGCGAUGUGUCCCUCGAUGACUUCAGCCCCUGCACCUCCUCGCGCCAGUACAACUAUGAGCAGGGCGGACCGUGCGUCUUCCUCAAGCUGAACAAGAUCUUCAACUGGACCCCCCAACCGUACAAUGACACCGAGAGCCUCCCAGACGCUAUGCCGGAGUUCCUGAAACAGUACAUCAAAUCAGUCUCUGGCAAACCUGAAGCGAACAUGGUGUGGGUAUCCUGCGAGGGUGAGAAUCCAGCUGACGUAGAGAACAUAGGGCCCGUGCAGUACCUCCCCCGCCGCGGCUUCCCUGCCUUCUACUACCCCUUCACCAACAAGGACGGCUACCUCAGCCCUCUUGUUGCCGUACUCUUCGAGAGGCCCAGAACGGGAGUGCUCAUCAACAUCGAGUGUAAGGCGUGGGCGAAGAACAUCUUCUACGACCGAUACGAGCGGCGGGGCUCGGUGCACUUCGAGCUCAUGGUGGACCGCUCUUAA